UUUGUUUUGUGCUCAUCAUCCCAAGUUCAACAAACUCCCGUUCACAAGUCAUCAUGCAUCUUAUGUAUACGCUAGACGAGAGUGGGAACAGGAUAUACACUCUGAAUAAAGCAACAGAUACAGGCCGAAUCACCAAGUCUGCACACCCAGCACGUUUCUCGCCCGAUGAUAAAUUCUCGAGACACCGCGUUACUCUUAAAAAGCGCUAUGGCGUCCUGUUAACCCAGCUCCCUAGCAAGCCUAUGUGAAGGGUUAGGCGUCUACCGAAUCCAGUCGGAGUGUAUUUGGUAGUGGUUUUCACAUAGCAUAUAUGAAUUUAUUGUUUGCCUAGCUGGACUUCAGUGUUACU